UUGUGGUCGCGUUCAGACUGGUUUACUUUUGGAUGGUGCAGCACCUAAUGGUCUCUUUGGUCUCGGUAUGGCCAAGCAAUCAGUUCCUAGCAUCUUAGCAAGUCAGGGGCUAAUACCAAAUUCCUUUUCCAUGUGCUUUUCGACUGAUGGUCUUGGAAGAAUCAACUUUGGAGACCAAGGCAGCUCAGGCCAAGGAGAAACACCGUUUUCUCUUGGGCAAUCAUAUCCAACAUACUAUGUUACCAUCAAUAAAAUUGAUGUUGGGGGUUCUGCCUCUGAUUUAGAGUUUACUGCAAUCUUUGAUUCUGGUACCUCUUUUACAUAUUUAAACGACCCAGUUUAUACACAGAUUUCUGAGACUUUCAAUAACUUGACACAAGGAAAACGAUUUACUUCUGAGACCUCUAAGCUUCCUUUUGAGUAUUGUUAUAUUUUGAGCUCAAAUCAAUCUAACGUCAGCUAUCCAUAUGUGAAUUUAACAAUGAAAGGUGGCAACCCAUAUUAUGUCAAUGACCCAAUAAUCAUAGGUUCCGAUGAGGAUAUCAGUUUAUAUUGUCUUGCCCUUGUCAAAAGUGAUGAUGUGAACAUCAUUGGACAAAACUUCAUGAGUGGUUAUACUAUAGUCUUCGAUCGAGAGAAGAAUGUUUUGGGUUGGAAGGCAUCCAACUGUAAUGAUGUGAGCACCAGCAGCAUUAUGCCAGUUAGCCCGGCUAAGAAUUCUGGCGUUCCACCAGCUACUGCUGUCAAACCAGAAUCCAGGACUGGGAAUGAAGAUAACUCUUCCAUAUCUGCACCCGCACCUGCAUAAAGAGGGAAUGGUGAUAACUUUCCCAUAUCUGCACCAACUGGAGGAAGUCAUUCACCCAUGUUACAUUAGACCCUUUCACUUGUGCUCUUAUAAUCCUUCUUAUUUCCUUUUUAGCCACCGUUUGAUCUUUUCUUUUCCUGUGCCAAGGGUUUCUUCAAAUCCUGUAUCAUAUGUAUAACUAGUACAUGCUCCCAGAAGCACUUUGGUGCACAUAUAUAUAUAACAGGCAAUAAGAGAAUAGAUUCUCCAGA